UAUAUGUCGACAGAAGCAGAAAUAAAAGAAUUUCUUAAAAAAAAAGAUUUUUAUGAGAUUUUGGGUGUUUCCAAGACUGCCACAGAUGAGGAAUUAAAAAAAGCAUAUCGUAAAUUAGCAUUACUUUAUCAUCCUGAUAAAAAUAAAAAUCCUAGUGCUAAUGAAGCCUUUAAGAAAGUUGCUCAAGUAAAUACUUAAUACUACUUAGGCUUAUGAUUGUCUCUCAAAUUAAGAUAAACGAAGAACUUAUGAUUAAUAUGGGACUGAAGAACCAGAAUAACAUUAUUAACAUUAUAGAUAAUAAUGGGGAGAAAGUCCAGCAGAAUAAAUAUUUAGGGCUUUCUUUUAAUAGAAUGGAGGGUUUGAUGAUUUAUUUGGUAAUGAGUUUGGUGGAGGAUUUGGAAAUGGUUUUGGAGGAUUUUAAUUUGUUCAAACUGGUCCUGGAAUGUUUUAUUAUUCUAAUGGUCCAAGAAGAAAUCGGGGUCAACAAUAAUAAAAUCAUAGAAGAUAGGAUUAGGAUGAAUAAGAGUAUUAGAAUUAAAGAAGAUAAAUUUAAAGAGGAACAAAUUGGGUAUAAAUUACAUGCUAUCUGAUUUUUAUCUACAUCUUUUUUGGAAGUUCUAUUGCUUAAUUCUUAAACUUUGUUUUCUCUGAAAAACCUUAUCAUUAAUCAAUUAAAGACAGCACAUAUAGAAAUACUCUAGAAACAGAAGUAAAUAUAGGUUGUUAUUUAAUUAGAUUUUGGGUUAAUAGUUUUUUGCUAGAGAUGAAUAUCUUAAGAAAGAUGUUUUAUUUAAAAAAAAUUACGAGGCAGAGAUUGAUAGAGAAUUUUUAAUUGAAUUAGAAAAUUAAUGUAUUAAGUCAAAAAAUGAAAAACAAAGAUUAUUACAUGAAGCAAAAAAAUCUUGGUUUGCUAGUACCCAAGAAAAAUACUAUCAUUAAGCUAAUUAAAUUAGCAUGGCUAGUUGUAAUUAAAUUAAUGAUUAUCGAAAAAGUAUUAAAAACUUUUCUCAGAUUUUUAAAAUAUGAAUAUUGUUGUGUAC